AUGUGGAUGGCACAGAGUUUCUUAAAUAGAUUGAUACCAGCUGCAUUGGGUAUUGGUACUGCUAUCUCAUUGAUUGAUAGUUCAAUAUAUAAUGUCGAUGGUGGACAGAGAGCAGUUAUUUUCGACAGAAUCUCUGGUGUAUCGGAUAAAGUAGUUGGUGAAGGAACACAUUUCAUUAUUCCAUGGUUACAAAAACAAUUCAUCUUUGAUGUAAGAUCAACACCAAGAAACAUUAGAUCAGAAACUGGUAGUAAAGAUUUGCAAACUAUCAAUAUUUCACUUAGAGUAUUGUUUAAACCAGAUGUAGAUAAAUUACCAUGGAUUUACAGUAAAUUGGGUAUGGAUUACGAUGAGAGAAUCUUACCGUCGGUUGGAAAUGAAGUUUUGAAAUCAGUGGUUGCCCAGUACGACGCUGGUGAGUUGAUCACCCAGAGAGAGGCGGUUUCACGUGAGAUUCGUGAAGCUUUGACAAAGAGAUCGGCAGAGUUCAAUCUGUUGUUGGACGACGUCUCCAUCACACACUUGAGUUUCUCACAGGACUUUACCAGUGCCAUCGAGCACAAGCAAGUCGCACAACAGGAAGCGGAGCGAUCGAAAUACGUCGUCAUGAAGAACGAACAAGAGAAGCGUGCUGCCAUCAUCAGAGCAGAGGGUGAGUCUGAGGCUGCCAAACUCAUCAGUCAGGCACUACAAUCCGGUCCAGGUUUCAUUGAGCUUCGUAGAAUCGAGGCUUCCAAGGAAAUCGCCGAAACCCUUUCGAAAUCCGCUAAAGUUACAUACAUGCCAAACACUGGAAACAUCAUGAUGAACAUGAACAUGGGUAAAUAA